AUGGAAUCAGUGACUUUCGAGAGUUCUGAAGACAUCAGGGUUGUGCCUUCUUUUGACUUGCUUGGCCUUCGAGAAGACCUUUUAAGAGGAAUUUACAGUUAUGGCUUUGAAAAACCAUCAGCUGUUCAACAAAGAGCAAUUUUGCCAAUUAUUGAAGGAAGAGAUGUAAUUGUCCAAAGCCAGGCAGGGACUGGCAAAACCUGCGUUUUCUGUGUCGCAGCUUUGCAAAGCCUUGACUUGUCAGUCAGAGAGCCUCAAUGCUUGAUCCUGUCACCUACAAGAGAACUUGCAGAGCAAAGCCAAAGAGUGGCUAUGGCACUCGGAGACUAUAUGAGUGUUCAAGUUCAUGCUUGUAUCGGCGGAAAAUCCCUUGCAGAGGAUAUCAGAAGGCUUGACCAUGGUGUUCACAUCGUUUCUGGCACUCCUGGACGUGUUUUUGACAUGAUCCAGCGUCGAAAUCUUCGCACUCGAUCGAUCCGUCUACUAAUUCUUGACGAAGCUGACGAAAUGCUCACUCCCCCCCAUCCUUGAUCGAACGAUUGACUGUAAAAAUUCCUAAAAAUUGGGGAAAUUAACCCCCAUCCUUGAUCGAACGAUUUUCAUAUCAUGCAAAUUUUUAUAUAUAUAAAAAUAUAAUAGUUAUCAAAAGCUUGGGAAGAUGUGCAUAAUGAAGUUGUUUUCAGAGACUUUGAGACGACAGAAAGCUUCGGAGUCAACCAUCAGAAGUGAUUUAGUUAUCAACCUAGGCUUAAAAACUCAAUAAUCUAAUAAAAUAGAGAUUCUUUAAAAUUUUAAAAAAAAAAAAUUAAUUUUAAUGAGGAACAAAUUAAAAUUUAUACAAUUUAAAGGGGUAGCUAAUAAAUCAAAAUAUUAAAAAUUGGUAUUUUUAUGAAAUUAAUUUAAUUUUUUGCUGUAAAAAUAAUUAUGAAAUACUCUUAUUUCUCUUAUUUAAAAGUAAAAUAAAAUAUAUGUAUAUAAUAUUUUUUUUUCCAAAUAAUUGUUUUUAGCCCCCAUCCUUGAUCAAACGACGGCGAGUCGUUCGAUCAAGGAUGGGGGGGAGUGAGCAAAGGCUUUAAAGACCAAGUCUACGACAUCUACCGUUACCUCCCGUUUAACACCCAAUGUAUUGUUGUCUCCGCGACUCUCCCCAAAGAAAUCCUGAUCAUGACUGAAAACUUCAUGAAAAAUCCUGUCAAAAUUUUAGUAAAAAGAGACGAGCUUUCCUUAGAAGGAAUUAAACAGUUUUUUGUAGCUGUGGAAAAGGAAGAAUGGAAAUUUGACACCCUUUGUGAUUUAUAUGAUACACUAGUCAUUACACAAGCCGUCAUUUUUGUAAAUACAAGGAGAAAAGUAGAAUGGCUGACUGGGAAGAUGAGGGAGGCAAAUUUUACUGUGGCUAUGAUGCAUGGAGAAAUGCCACAGAAAGAAAGAGACGCAAUUAUGGAGGACUUUAGGAGCGGGACCAGCAGGGUUCUAAUUGCAACUGAUAUAUGGGGAAGAGGGCUAGAUGUCCAGCAGGUGUCACUUGUGAUUAAUUAUGAUAUUCCAACGAAUAGAGAGUUGUAUAUUCAUAGAAUUGGGAGAAGUGGGAGAUAUGGGAGAAAAGGAGUUGCGAUUAAUUUGGUAAGAAAUGAAGAUGUGAGACUUUUGAGAGAUAUUGAGCAGUAUUAUUCAACACAAAUUGAUGAGAUGCCGAAAGACAUUGCUGAGCUCAUUUAA